AUGAUGAGUGGGAAUUAUGACUCCAUGAUUUAUUAUGCGAUCAUAAGCUUUGAAAAUUCUUCACGCUGUUAUUUCUUGCUUGAAUUGUUGCCGAUGGCAUCUUCUUCAGACACGUGGAUGAAGGAAUAUAAUGAAGCACUGAAACUUGCUGAUGAUAUCAGUGGUAUGAUUUCUGAGCAGAAUUCCUUUCCUGCAUCUGGACCAGAAACCCAGCGUCAUUCAUCUGCUACAAGGAGGAAGAUUACUAUAUUGUGUACCAGGCUUGAUAGCUUGCAAUCCCUAUUGUCUAAGCUUCCUGGAAAGCAGCCCAUAUCUGAAAAGGAGAUGAAUCGACGCAACGACAUGGUUGCAAGUUUGAGAUCAAAAGUUAAUCAAAUGGCUUCCACAUUGAACAUGUCAAACUUUGCAAAUAGAGAUAGUUUGCUUGGACCAGAAGGAAAACCAGAUGCUAUGGUCAGAACUGUUGGCCUGGACAACGAUGGACUUGUUGGGUUUCAACGGCAAAUUAUGAAAGAACAAGAUGAGGGCCUUGAGCAAUUGGAAGAUACUAUAGCUAGCACAAAACAUAUUGCUUUGGCAGUGAAUGAAGAGUUGGGUUUGCACACCAGACUCAUUGAUGGCUUGGACCAGCAUGUAGAUGUCACAGAUUCCCGGCUCAGGCGGGUGCAGAAGAACUUGGCAGUUUUAAAUAAGCGGACCAAGGGUGGUUGCUCCUUCCUGCGCAUGCUUUUAUCAGUGAUUGGUAUAGUGCUUUUGGUUGUUGUUAUUUGGCUAUUGGUCAAAUAUUUGUGA